UGCUCCAGAAAAGCGCUCUCUUUUGUGGGUCCCCUGAACCACACCAUGACCCAGGCGCUGAAGUUCGCUGCCAGAUUGUUCCAUCGCGUCCGCUGUGCUCCUGAGCUGAGCGCCUCGCGGGACUACAGAAACUACGACUCAGCAUCCCGGGGCUUGGCAGACAUCCCAGGCCCCUCCACACCCAGCUUUCUGGCUGAACUUUUCUGCAAAGGGGGGCUGUCGAGGCUACAUGAGCUGCAGGUGCAGGGCGUUGCGCGCUUCGGGCCGGUGUGGCUGGCCAACUUCGGGACGGUGCGCACGGUGUACGUGGCCGCUCCUGCCCUCGUCGAGCAACUGCUGCGACAGGAAGGUCCCCGGCCAGAACGCUGCAGCCUCUCGCCCUGGGUGGAGCACCGUCGCCACCGCCAGCGAGCUUGCGGACUGCUCACCGCGGAAGGCGAAGAAUGGCAGAGGCUCCGCAGUCUUCUGGCCCCGCUCCUCCUCCGGCCUCAAGCGGCCGCGGGCUAUGCCGGAACCCUGGACAGCGUGGUCUGUGACCUUGUGCGACGACUGAGGCGCCAGCGGGGACGUGGCACCGGGCCGCCCGCCCUGGUUCGGGACGUGGCGGGAGAAUUUUACAAGUUUGGACUAGAGGGCAUAGCCGCGGUGCUGCUGGGUUCGCGCCUAGGCUGCCUGGAGGCAGAAGUGCCGCCGGACACAGAGGCCUUCAUCCGCGCCGUGGGCUCGGUGUUUGUAUCCACGCUGUUGACCAUGGCGAUGCCCAGCUGGCUACAGCGCCUUGUGCCCGGGCCCUGGGGCCGCCUCUGCCGAGACUGGGACCAGAUGUUUGCAUUUGCCCAGCAGCACGUGGAGCGGCGAGAGGCCGAGGUAGCCACGAGGAACCGAGGAAAGUCUGAGGAGGACAUGGGACCUGGGGGGCACCUGACCUACCUCCUGUUCCGAGAAGAGUUGCCUGCCCAGUCCAUCCUGGGGAAUGUGGCAGAGUUGCUACUGGCCGGAGUGGACACGGUGUCCAACACACUCUCCUGGGCUCUGUACGAGCUCUCCCGGCACCCUGAAGUCCAGACAGCGCUCCACUCCGAGAUCACAACUGCCCUGGGCCCUGGCUCCAGUGCCCACCCUCCAGCCACCGCUCUGUCCCAGCUGCCCCUGCUGAAGGCCGUGGUCAAGGAAGUGCUAAGACUGUACCCUGUGGUACCUGGAAAUUCCCGUGUCCCAGACAAGGAUAUUCAUGUGGGUGACUAUAUUAUCCCCAAAAAUACGCUGGUCACUCUGUGUCACUAUGCCACUUCAAGGGACCCUGCUCAGUUCCCAGAGCCAAACUCUUUUCGUCCAGCUCGCUGGCUGGGGGAGGAUCCAGCCCCCCACCCAUUUGCGUCUCUUCCAUUUGGCUUUGGCAAGCGCAGCUGCAUAGGGAGACGCCUGGCAGAGCUUGAGCUGCAAAUGGCUUUGGCCCAGAUCUUGACCCAUUUUGAGGUACAGCCUGAGCCAGGUGCUGCCCCAAUCAGACCCAUGACCCGGACUGUCCUGGUCCCUGAGAGGAGCAUCAACCUACAGUUUGUGGACAGAUAGUACUGUGGAAGGAGGCUGUUAACAUCACCCUACGCUACAGCAAAGCGCUUGAGGCAGCCCUGACCAAUGUGUGAAGUAUGCACUUGGCCUGACUCAGUAGGCCCCAAGAAAACCAUGGUCCCUUUGCCUACUGGUCAUAUACACAUCCUUCAAGGGCCAACCCAGAUUUUAACUAGUACUGCUGGGUGGCCUGAGGAAGGAUUCAACCACUGUUCUUUUGGUGCUUCCACACUGUUCAUUGAUGCUGCUGGGUAAGCAUUUGUCACAGCCUGAGCUAAGUAAUUGUGCAUCUGGUCUGUACCUGGUGGUCCUUCCUCUUUGCAUGCGAGCUCUUUGAGAGGAAGGGUGAGGUCUUAUUUAGUCUUUAUAUCCCCUGCCAGUGGGGAUAAACCUAUCUCUGACUAGGUGACACCAUACUCAUUCUCAGGUUGAAUCUGGACCAUGUGGCAGAAGGGAUAAGCAGCUUACCACACUCUCCCCACUUCCUCCUUCAUCUUGCCGCUAGGAAAGUGAAUCUGUCUUAGCCUGGUUUAUGAUUUUUUAAAACUCUCUCAUUACUAUUAAGUGUGUUUGCCCUGCUACUUAGCUCCCAGGCAAAGAUAUCUAUGGG